CUCCCCAUUUCACCGGCCCCGCCGGAACACCGCACUCUGCUCUUCCCCCAGUCGACCGCUGACCAACGGACUCCACGGCGCUGCCGCUUGACUACCAACUUCCUCUUCUGUUCGCGGCUGAGACCAGGCCAUGGCGAGCAGUCUUCUCCGGCGUUUGAAUCCCAUCUGAAUUAGUUCAAUUUCUGGACAUUCUCUAUCUCUCGAUAGCUACUACUGUACUACAACUCUUCCAGGCCCAAGCGUCUCUUAAAGCAAGGGAUUACGACUACUCGGACUCUGGACCAUACUAGCAUUGCUAGUUUCCUUAACACGAUAACAAGAAGUGGAAGUUUAAGGUGGGUUUGCAACACUGAUCGAGGCUUGAGCAAUGGAGAGAUCCCAGCCUGAGAUCGGAUCUCUUGAAGCUUCUCUACUCCACAUAGUCCAAGAUCACCAACAAGCGACUGUCCGCCUGCACGAGCAGACAGAGAUUCUUUCCCAGAGAUAGCCAAGAAAGACGCAAUCAGGAAGGCAGUGAGGGUGUCGAAUCUGUUGGUUGAUUCUGUGAAUGGUGGAGUGGAAGAGUCAUUUCUAAUUGAGAAGCGAAUUGAGUCGGAGAUUCGAGUGUUGGCAGCCACCAUUACUCGAUUCAUGAAGCAGAGCGAUCAAUGGCUAUCAGCUACUCAUGCAAUGAACACAGCUAUCAAGGAAAUUGGGGACUUUGAGAACUGGACGAAGGUAAUGGAGUUUGAUUGUAAAAGCAUUGGUGCAGCGAUUCAGAAUAUUCACAAAGAGUAACGGCAGCAGAGCCUAUUAUGUUGUGCCCUCAAUGCCUUGUACACUAGGCAAGUUCCAUUGUUUCUUUAUCUUAGAUCCCCCAUUGAAAAUGAUCUACAUAAAAAUGCUGGUGUCUUUCUCUAAAGUGAAGCAUAAUUCGCGUUUACUCUCCUUCCCUUCGCAUGUUUGUGUGAACGGAAUCAUUCCUGAGAAGUAGAU